AUCACUAGCUGCACUCGACUUUCAAAUCAAAACAUCAAUCAAUCGUUGUUGUUCGCUUUUGCCCCAAUAACACCGCAAGUUUAGUCCAGAAUGGCUCUCUACGAUGAUUUGGAUACUAAACAAGGACCGGAGAAAGUGGCCGGUUGGUCCUCCGGAAUAAAACUGCUACAAACACAACUCCAGGUGAAGAAAGCCACGCAGCCAAUCAUUCCGAUGAAAACCGUUCUGCGUAAACAGCCCGUACUCACGCCAGUGGUUAAUUUGAAAGCAAAGAAGGAACAAGUCGAUCUGUUUGGAGUUGCCACGAUCAGCCAAAGUUUCGUGGAGAAAUCUAAACCUGUCACCGUCACAACAACAACCAUUCCGAGUGUGUCAGGUUCCAGUGCGAGCGGUGCCUACAGCUGGGACGUGGUGGAUGAGUACGAUCCACUGUGGCCAAAUGAGUACGACAAACUGGUUAAGGACAAGAAGGUCAAGGAAGGGCCGGUGAAGCUUCCGCAGAAUAACUACGGGCGCAAUAGGAGGGAGUACAAGCGUGGCUUGAAUGUGAACAAAAAUGCAUCCGCAGAUUCGGAUGGUCCUAGCAGUAGUAAAAAGAGUGGUUUUGCUGGUAGACCCGUUUCCGACGAUGAGGAUGAUUUCCAACCAGGGGGAGCGCGAGCAAGCGGAGCAGCUAUCGCACCGCCAGCAUCACUGCAGGAAUCGUUUGCCCAGAUUCCGGAUGGAUCCAAACUCUCUCAACUCACCGCCUAUGGAGGGAGCUCGGUGGCUGCUAAGAUUAUGGCAAAGUAUGGCUUCAAGGAUGGACAGGGCUUGGGUAAGCAAGAGCAGGGCAUGUCUAUGGCAUUACAGGUCGAGAAGACGUCCAAACGCGGGGGGCGUAUCGUUCACGAAAAAGAUAUCGCACUCCCAGUGCCGAUUAGCGAAGUGCCACAACCACAGCUGCAACCGGCUCCACAGACACCACCGCAGGAACCGUCAAUUACGGAGAUUAUGAAGUCACCAAGCAAAGUUGUGCUGCUCAGGAAUAUGGUCGGUCCGGGCGACGUGGACGACGACCUGGAACCGGAAGUCAAGGAUGAGUGCAACACAAAGUAUGGCGAAGUUGUCACCGUCGUCAUUCACGAAGUACCAAACGUCGUACCGGAGGAGGCAGUUCGCAUUUUCGUUGAAUUCAAGCGAAUGGAGAGUGCCAUUAAGGCAGUGGUCGAUUUGAACGGUCGAUUCUUCGGUGGGCGUCAAGUUCGAGCCGGAUUUUAUAGUCAGGAAAGAUUUGAUUGUAUGGAUCUUUUGUAGAUUAAGAAAAAAAAUGGAUGUUUCGGAUGUGACAAAAACCCAA